CAGAGCCCAGCACCUGGCACCGUGUGGGCACACAGACGGAACGGAAAACCAGAGUUGUUCCUUAGGGCCUGUCCAUCGAGUUGAAAAUGGCCACCCUGCCCCCCCUUCAGAUGAUGCGUCCAAAGCUUAUGUCCAUAGCCAGCGCCAAGCUGCCCUGCUCCAACAAUGUUCGAAGCAUGCCACGCUCUCAAUUGAUCAAAGAGAAAGAUGACAUAGAUCAUUAUCUGGAGAUGAGUUUCAAAGGAUUGUCAAAAGAGGAGGUCGCUGUCUACCGGAACUCAUACAAGAAGAACAUCUGUGUGGAUUUGCUGCGCGAUGGUUACCUUAACGCCUUCAUCGAACUCUUUGGUUUGAUAGAGAAGUGGGAGAGUAUGAGGCUUAUUGCCAAGGAGAAGGAGACCUUCUGGCCGCAGAAACCCCUGGAGGAUCAGCCGGAGAAACUGGAUCAUCUCUACUACCACCUGACCAAGGCCGAGGAAGCUGGCAGGAAAAAAUCCCCCGAACAUGUCUAUGAUAACUUGUACGCUCUGGCCUGUUACUUCAAUAACAAUGAAGACACAUGGGUCCGGAACCACUUCUUUGAACGAUGCUUUCAGGUGGCUAAAGAGAUCAAAUUGGACGGCGGGAGGAAGGAGGCCGAGGCGCACCGAAAUAUGGCUUUUCUCUACGAGGAAGAAGGUCAGCUUCAUGAGGCUACGGAGCAUUACGAAGCAUUCCAUCAAUUGACACAAGGGCGGAUGUGGAAGGAUGAGACAGGCCGCUCUCUCAACUUGUUGGCCUGUGAGAGUCUCCUGAGGACUCUCCGAUUACUCGCCGACAAAAUGCUGGAAAAUAAAGAAUACAAACAGGCCAUCAAAAUUCUAAUAAAAGCUUCUGAAAUCGCCAAAGAAGGCAAUGACAAAACGAUGGAAGGACAAGCUUACUAUUACCUGGGCUUAGCGCACUCAGCUGCUGGGGAGUUCGAGACCUCGCUGCAGGCCCUGAACAAUUUCCGUAGUAUCUCGACAUACUUGCAGGAUAAGCCCAGCCUGACCAAAGCCUACGAAGCCAUCGCCAAGGUCCUGCAGAGCCAAGGAAAGAUGACAGAAGCAAUUAAAUACUUGAAAAAAUUGUUGAAAAUUGCAAGAAACAAUUUUCAAAACCUUGAUAUUGUGAAAGCAAGUAUGAUGCUUGGGGAGAUCUACAAUGAAAAAGGUGAAUACAACAAAGCUACUGAAUAUUUUCAGCAAGCUUUUAAAACAACAGCAGAGUUAACGAAUGCUACUAUGAUGGAUGAAACCAAAGUUCAUUAUGGAAUAGCAAAAGCUCAUAAGAUGAUGCUGAAUGUCACUAAUUACAUCGAAGCUGCAGAUCACAACAGCCUUGAAUGCCUGCUUUCAUGGAAAGAGAACAGAAGUGAUGCUGUGCCGAGUUUCAAUGCUGCGCAUUUAUUCAUUGAUACAUGA